AUGGCUCUGUUCGCGCCGCCACUGCCCCAGAUCAUGUCUUCCAAGCUGGUUUGCCUGCGUUCCGCGCGGCUCGCUGCCCGUCAUCCGUGUCAUCCGUGUCAUCCAAGGACAUUUGCCUCGACCGCCUCUACCCGUGAUGCCGUCCGCGUGGUAGAAGUCGGGCCAAGAGAUGGGUUGCAGAAUGAGAAAAAGGCGAUACCCGUAGCUACCAAGAUAGAGCUGGUCGAGAGGUUGGCGCGCACUGGCCUGCGCACCAUCGAGGCAGGCUCCUUCGUGUCGCCGAAAUGGACGCCUCAGAUGGCGAAUUCCUCAGAGAUCCUCGAGCACGUCCUCCGUAGCACACCUCACUCCCCACUCCCCAUCACCUACCAGUGGCUGCUCCCGAACGUCAAAGGCUUCGACAACUUCCUCAGCAUGUGGAAUGCCCAGUCAUCCUCGGGAGCAGAUGCCUACCCGACACCGCCUCCCUCCCCAGGGCCAGACGGCGGCCCACCGCUGAACACCUCGUCCGGAGACCCCAACGCCACGCCCUCCGCGGCCUCUGCUGCCGAAGCCAUGGGCAAAGAGCGAAGCGCAUCAAGCUCCAAUGCAGCGCCGAUGCACGAAAUCUCCAUCUUCACUGCCGCCACAGAGGCUUUCACGCAGAAGAACACGAAUUGCUCCAUAGCUGAAUCGCUCAAGCGAUUCGAGCCUGUCAUGUCAAAGGCAAAGCAGAUGGACCUGAAAGUACGGGCGUACAUCUCGGUAGCCCUGGGUUGCCCAUACGAAGGGCCAGACGUAGACCCUCACAAGGUUGCGGAGCUGGCCGUCAGCCUGUUGGAGAUGGGUGCAGACGAGAUCUCGGUUGCAGAUACAACCGGCAUGGGUACUGCGCCUAAGACGGCAGAGCUACUGAAGACGUUGCAAGCUGCAGGAAUCGACAAGCACGACUUGGCCUUGCACUUCCACGACACAUAUGGCAUGGCCCUGGUGAACUCGGUAGUCGCUCUGGAGCACGGCAUCCGCACCUUCGAUGCCGCAGUCGGUGGUCUCGGCGGGUGCCCAUACAGCCCGGGCGCGACAGGCAAUGUUGCCACCGAAGACCUCGUGCACCUGUUCCACAGCUUGGGCAUGCGCACCGGCGUAGACAUGGAACCUCUUUCCGAGAUUGGCGAGUGGAUCUCGCACGAGCUGGGUCGGUCGAACGAGAGCAGCGCUGGGAAAGCCACGCUGGCUCAGAUGCGCAAGUAG